GUUGGAAGUGAUUCUUGGGGUCGGAGUGUCAUUUACAGUUUCGUGUCGCAUGAUGGAUACUCAGACGAAACAGUAGCUUUCUUAUUCGGAGAUGUGGGUACUGCAACACCAUACAACACCUUUGACCAUUCGCCACAGGAAAGCAUAUCAACCACGAAGUGGAUCAGUCGGGAUAUUGAAGCUCUUGGUGACAAGCCUACCCUUGUCUCACAUAUUGGAGAUAUCAGCUAUGCAAGAGGCUACUCAUGGUUGUGGGACAACUUUUUCACUCAGAUUGAACCUAUGGCCUCCAAGGUCCCCUACCACGUGUGUAUCGGUAAUCAUGAAUAUAACUGGCCAUUACAGCCAUGGAGACCUGAAUGGUCCUACUCAAUAUUUGAGAGCGAUGGGGGUGGUGAAUGUGGAGUACCAUAUGGUCUCCGGUUCAACAUGCCUGGAAAUUCUUCAGAACCAACUGGAACACAUGCCCCAGCCACUCGAAACCUUUACUACUCAUUUGAUGUGGGGGUGGUGCAUUUUGUUUAUAUAUCAACUGAAACCAAUUUCCUACCGGGGAGCAGCCAGUAUAACUUCAUAAAAAAUGAUUUAGAAUCAGUUGAUAGAGCAAAGACCCCUUUUGUGGUCGUCCAAGGACACAGGCCAAUGUACACAACGAGCAAUGAACUUAGAGAUGCCCCAUUGAGGAACAGAAUGCUCGAGCACCUAGAACCACUUUUGGUGAAGAACAAGGUGACCCUUGCAUUGUGGGGUCAUGUUCACAGGUAUGAGAGGUUUUGUCCACUAAGCAACUUCACGUGUGGAAGCUUGGGCCUCGGUGGAGAGGACUGGAAGGCAUUCCCUGUGCAUGUUGUGAUUGGAAUGGGAGGACAAGAUGGGCAAACCAUCUGGGAACCCCGACCAGACCACCCUGAGCUCCCAAUUUUCCCACAGCCUGUGCGAUCUUUGUACCGUGGGGGUGAGUGGGGAUACACUAAACUUGUUGCUUCAAAGGAGAAACUUACACUUUCUUAUGUGGGAAACCACGAUGGCGAGGUGCAUGAUAUGGUUGAGAUUUUGGUGUCGGGCCAAGUUCUCAAUGGUGGUAGUAGUAGUGCUGGCAGUGACACUAAAGCCCAAGGAAGCAUGGAAACUAGAGACAAGAACCCUGUCUACAAGCUUCCUCUACAUUCGCUUUUUAUUCUGAGUAUUUCAUGGGCAGAUUCUGAAUUGGAGGGGGGUAUUGGGUCUAUAGGUAAUGCUGAUACUUGA